GCCGGAAGCCGGAAGUGUAGCGGGAUGUUCGGUUCGGCGGCGGACAGUCUGCUCCGGCAGGCCCGGGAGGUGUCCGGGGAUGAGCUGGACAAGUUCUACGGUCGGUGUCGGAGCCUCCUGAGCGCCCCCGGGCCGGAGACGGUGGACAUCCUGCGGAGGCUGCAGCUGAUCGUAGCCGCCAGUAGAGGGCGCCGCCGGCUGGGCUCCCCCCUGGUGGGACAGUUAGUAGAGACUCUGUGGGGGCCCCAGCCUCAGCUCGGGGCCCUGUGUGCCGCCAUCUUGUGCCAGCUAUGCCCCUCCCCCGAGAGGUGAGCCUGCCCUGGGGCCCCAACCUGCAACCGGGGGGCCCCUUCCUCUCAGUCCUGCUGGCCCAGGCCUCCCAUAGCGACCUGAUGGACCUGGGGCCCCACCUGUGCCGUGUGCUGGAGUCCCGGGCCCCCGAGGGCCACGUCCUGAGGGCUGCCCUGCCGGCGUUGAUGGGGGCUGUGGGGGCCCGCCCGGAGAUCCUCCAGGAGGAGAACGUCAACGCCGUCAACAAGAAGAUGGCCGACUGGCUGCGCUACGCCUCUCUCCACCAGGGGGGCCCCGUGGCCCCCACCAGCUUCUUCUCCAGCCCCCGCACCAAGCAGCCCGGCGCCAUCUGGGAGGUGGACGGGACGGCCUCCAGCGACUUCUUCACCGUCCUCAGCGGGAGCCCCAACCUGAGCGAGGAGCAAUGGAUGAACAUCCAGGGGUUCUCCGUCCUCCGCCACUGGCUCCUCCUCUACGGAGCGGCGGGGGGGCGGGGCCAGAAGACAAGUCAGAGGUGGAGGGCUCCGUCAUCUCCAUGGUGUCCGCCUCCUCCACCUCCAGCCGCCUCCUCCCGCCCCGGGAACGCCUGAGGGAGAAGAGCUUCGAGUAUUGCCUGAGGGUCCUGGAGCAAUGCAACCGCAAGCCGGUGAGAAGAGCCGACUUGGACCUCCAGAAGUCCUGCGUGGUGGAGGCCGUCGGCCUCAUCGACCUCCUGUGUAAGCAGGACGUGUCCUUCCUCUACCGGACUCUUCCCCUCCUCAAGGUCCUCCACGGCCGCCUAUGCACCGAGCCCUCGCUGGCGCCCGCCCUGCUGCCCGUCGCCCAGUUCUACCUCAACCACAGCGAGGCCGCCGCCGUGGAGUCUGAGGCCGUCUACCGCCACCUCUUCACCAGGGUCCCCGCCGACUCCUACCACCAGCCCUCCCUGGCCUUCCAGUUCCUCCGCUUCUGCAGAGCCAACGGAGGCUUCCUGGCCGAGAACGUGGAGGCCUUCCGCUCCGGGUUCCCCAACCUCCUGAAGCUGCUGGCGUGGAACGCCCCGUCGUUGGUGGCAGAGAUGGCGGAGCUCCUCCCGCUCCUGUUUAAGGCGGAUUCGGCCAUCGAGAUGCUCCACGCCUUGCUGGACUUGCCGUGUCUGACCGCUGCCAUGGAGCUCCAGCAGAACGUUGAGAAGACGGCUCCGGACUCGUCCUCGCUCCCCACCAGCUCCGCCGAGGCGUUCCGUCAUCCCUACUACAAGAAGGCGUUCCAGUACCUGCUGAGGUGCGAGACGUGGAGCGGGCCGCCCCCUGAGGACUUCAACCAGCUGCGUAUCCUGCUGUCAGACUUGAGCACCUCCCCCCGCGUAGUCCAGUGUGCUCAGGUGGUCCCCGGUCUUCUCCAGCUCUACAUCCGCACCGUCGCCACCUUUGCAGACGGCCCUCUGGUCAGCCAGGUGAUGCUGACCAUCUUGGAGCGGAGCGGCCUCCUCUACGGCUCCUCCACCUUCCAGGCCGAGGUGCAUCGGGUGCUGAGCUCCCAGAUCCCGCGCCUGUGCCGCCUCCACCCCUCCGUGGUCAUCGAGCUUUCCCGAGAGCUGCUGGACUUCUUAAGCACAGUGGGCAACAUCCAGAACAAGGAGGCCUUCUUCACCCACGUGGUGUGGGCCAUGGGGGAGUACCUGUCCGUGUCCUACGACAAGCGGUGCACCGCGGAGCAGGUCAACAGGUUCUUCGAGGUUCUGGAGGCCUUGUUGUUCGAGAUCACACAGCUGCGAGGUUCCUCCAGCGCCCCCAUCUCCUCCCCGCGGGUGAUCACCGCUCUGAUGACAACUCUCACCAAACUGGCCUCCCGCAGCCAGGACCUCAUCCCCAGGGUGUCCCUCUACCUGUCCAAGAUGAGGUCCUGCGUGCAGAGCUCUGCCAUGGUGUCGGUGUACGGGGAGGAGGACAGUGAGCAGAUCCUCAUACGGGCCACCGAGCUCCUUAACCUCCUGAAGCUGCCCAGCGUGGCUCAGUUCGUGUUGACGCCUCCAGGCGAUGUGGGGAAGCCGAGCUUUCACCGGGACCCCUCCUCCUCCCUGCCGCUCGCCAUCCGGGACUCCAGCUAUCUGCUGCAGAGGGAGAGGAUGACGCCGGGCUGA